AGCAUUAGCAAUCAUGACUACUUUCAACAUGGUCUACCGCGAAAAGCAAGACCAAUCUGAUGUUGACGAUUACACUGCUGAAGAACUGGCUCGCCACGAGCAUUUCAAGAGGGUCCUCAUGACCACCAAGAGCAUCGUGACACACGAAAUCUUCUUCUCUUUGUCUCUGGACAUUCGCAUCAAGAUCUACCACCAAGUCCUCGAAACAGACGACCCCAUUGCUAUCAAGACAAACAACAAGAACUUCUACGAACCUCAGGCCAGAGUAAAGCUCAACCUGGGCCUCAUGCAAGCAUCAAAGCAGGUCCACAGAGAGUUCAAUCAGGUCCUCUUUGCUAGGGUAUUCGGAUUCGGGAACCUUGACACACUGCUGUCAUUGCUUGUCCAAUCAGGAGCAGUAAGACGCUGGCUCUCACACGUUGACCUUCAGCUGGAAGCGGGACCAUAUGACCUGGACCUCUACGCCCUCCAAGCCCUGUCUGAGGUACCUCUCCAAACGCUGACCCUCCGCAUCCCCGCCACCGAAGGUCCAGAGGAAGAC